CUCGAGAAUGUCACCCUGAUGUCAGCUUCCCACUGUCCUUAUUCCCUGCCUGCUCGUGGGUGCGAGAAGAAGGUUUUGUGAUGACCAAACACAGCAAGUUGGUUCGUUGGGUGGUGGCAUUGUCCUCUCUGUUGUGAUGACGAUCUUGCUAACUGCAAGUUGGUUUGUUGGCCGGUGGCAUUGUCCUGUCGCUCGCUGUUUCCGAGGGUCCGGAGCUUGUGGUUGACUGGCGAGUGAAGGAGGCGGGUGCGGGCGGGCGAUCAGGAUUGAAUGAGUGCCAGGUGCAGUAGCAUCCAUAUCCACUUCUCAUUAUUGUACCCGAGUGCGGGUUUUGGCGUCGACAGGGCACUGUUCACCGAUUCAUCGUUGCCUUGAGACAUGGCGCAGCCGGCAAGCCUUAGGAAUAAAUUUGCAAGUGUGAAUCUGAAUAGUUCCUACGGAAAGCCCGCGGCAUCACAGCAACAGCAGCAACAGCCGCGUCAGACCUCACGGAUCGGCGUGGGUCACUAUGGCGGCAUGGUGAUCUUGGGGAAAGGGAGGGGUAAAGGAAGCUCUGGCAUCGUCGGAGCCGGAAGCGCACCAGGAGGUGCCUUCAGUCAGUUGGACAAGAGCGGAAAGCUGGCGGUUCUAGGACCAGUGAAUCUGCCAUCCCUGAGGACGGAACACCUGGGGAACGAUCCAACCGUCGCAUUGGUUGAAAGGGCAGGAGGAGGAUGGGGCAAAACUGGUGCGGGGAGAAUGGAGGGUGUUGUUGCACCCUCUCAGGGUGUCGUGACAGCAUUAGCAGGAGGAGGCGAGAGGGAAUGUGAUGGGGUGGGGAAUGCAGGGGGUGCGGUGAUAGGCGCAACACGGGCGGAAGCGGCGCCUCAUCCGCCAGAUCCGGGUGUUAGUGGAACAGGGCCUUUGUCCGGGAGGUUUGAUGGCGGAAGAGGAGUGGUUGCUCCGGCGAGCCGAUCACAAGUGUACGUACCUCCGGCAGUGCGAGCGGCUUCUGCAGCGGAUACAUUGUUGCCGGUUUACCGGGACCAAGCGUCUCGCUCAUCGGGUCUGUCGCCUGUAAUCUCGACACGAGUGUUGUUCCACGAAGAUUUUCCCUCCCUAGCGGCGGCGACUCAGCCGCAGGCUAACCUGCAACGGAAACUUAAAGAACAGCAGGCGCGCCAACGGGAGCAGCACCACCGUGUUAAACUGCAACAACUAAAGCUUCAGCAACUGUCCGAGCAACAUGUUGAACACCUUCACGCGGUGCAGCAGAUUCAAAAUGAGCGGCAGCUGGAGCACCAGUUAACAACCGAGCGAAGACAGAAGGGGGAGGAUCCUCAGAAAGGGGAAAUGUCUGUACAAACGACGCCUAUGGCAAAACUACCACCAAAUAUGGAAUGUGGAGGGCUUAGCCGUGGGAAAGAGCAAUCUGUAACGGAUGUGGAGUUCCCUCAGGACGAUGUUCGACGACCUUCUGUGCCGACUCAUCAUUUGACGCUACAGCACAUGGAGGGGCGGCUAGAUGAGGAACAUGGACCGUCUGAGGAACUCUCGAGCUCCCAGUACGCGUGUCAAUCUCAGCAGUUAGAGAGGGUCCUUUUAGGGGCAGCAGCAGAGGGGCUUCAACGUGUAGAGAACGAUCAUCAUCCAUACCAGUGCCAUAAGCAGAACAAAGCGCAGAGUAAAAGAGAUGAAGAAGGAGAACGGUGGCCAGGCGGAGAUGAGGGAAAAAGGUCUGUGGUUUCCCCGUGGAUUCCCAUGUCACGGAAUUGGGCAGACGAUGAGAGGGACUCGCUACCUAAACGAGCCAUCCUGGAUGAAGGAAGGGAGGAGAUUGACAGAGCUGGGUGUUUUCUGAGGGCCGAUGGCUUUGCCAGUGACAAGGGGCGAGACGGUUACAGCGGGGGAUCUAACACCGUGGGUCGGCGCGGGGUGGCGGGCGUAGAUAUUGAGCCGAGAGGAGGUAGCGGAGCGAAGUUCCAAGGAGGGGCUGGUGGGGCGGGAUACAUUUUCAGGCGCGGCGGUAAUUCUACAUUUUGCGAUUAUGAAAGUGCUUUCCUUAGCAGGAGAGGUGGCUGGGCAGAAGGGCCAGAGACACCGCUCGUGGAGUCCAGAAGGUUAGGGCACUUGGCGGCAAUAAGGUCAGCGCUUUCUGGCCCUUUCAGGGAAGAUAUGUUCGGGGUGGAUUCCGUGGGAUCAAGUAGGCUGGGAAGGAGAGAAGAAGACACACGAGAAUUUCAUGACCCUGUGCGAGAGGCUUUUGAUGCGGAGCUGGAACUAGUCCAGCUGAUGCAGGAGCAGGAGAGGCAGAAGAAACAGCAGGAAAAGGAGAUGGUAGCUGAAAGAGCAAGAGUUGACCAGGAAGAGCACAAGAGGAGAGAAAAAGAGGAAGAAUAUCUGUUGACAACAGUAAAAGAGGUGCAGGAAGUGAGGGGUUCGGCCGAGAGGGAGGUGAUGGGGGAACGUGAACGUGCAUUACAGAUGGAGAAGAAGUUGGACGAGGAGAAGCGACAGAGGGACCUGGAGAGGCAGCGUUACGAUGCGGAAGAAAGGAUAAGGAGGGAGAACGCAGCGAAGAAACUUAAAGAACUGGAAGAAAGAAUCGCGAGAAGAGAGGCGGAGAAAAAGAGCGAGGAAGAGCAGCAGCGACAGCAGGAGCGAAACAACGGGCAGGAACAGCGUCUCGAUUUGGGCGAAGCGGAGGGAGGGGUGAGGCGAGAGGAACAAAGUUCCAAGCGAAAGGAAGACUGGAAGACGGAGGAGGAUAAAAUUAGGAGGAAGGAAGAGAACGAGCACAGGGGGGAGGACGAAAGACGACGGAAAGCUGAGAGGUGGAGAGAGGACGAGCAGAGGGAUCCAGAGAGCAAGCGGGAGGAGGAAAGGAUGAGUCAGGAAGACGACAUGAGGAAGCGGGAGGAGGAGAGGAUGUGUCAGGAAGAGAACAUGAGGGAAGAGGCGACGAUAUGGGAGCCGGAGAGGGGAACGGAGGAAGAUGGAGACAGGGAGGAAGAGCAGUGGAAAAUGAAAGAGAGCAGGGAGGAAGAACACGAGAGAAAGGAGAAGGCUGCCGCGACGGCUCCCUUCGCGUCUGGGGCGAAUAGACGCGAGGAGGAGCGCCAAAGAGGAGAAGACGAUGACAUGACGGAGCGGCACGGUUGUGGGUUGCUCACGGGACAUGUUGGGGAAGGUUAUACCACGGGUGGUAGUUACCAGGGAAGUGGCUCGCCCUCUGCAACUAGUCAUCAAGACGAAGAUUUACUAUCACUGAGCAAAAGCAGUGGGGGUCGUUUUGCUCCUAUUUCGGGUGGAGUUUACCGUCCUCCAUGCUGGGGAGGAUGGUCAGAGUCAGGGUUACGAGCGGAUUGUCGUGGCGGUGGUCGUGGGGGCUCCGAAGUUUUCGUCCUUGACCGAUUAAGGUCGUCCUCCGCCCCAAGCUGGAGGACUAAUCUCUCAAUGAUGGAGAAUGGAGUUGUAGACUCAGGUAUGCCUUUCUGCUCGCCUUCUAAGAGCGUUGGGGAGUCACCUGUGUAUUCUCCAUUCGGCAGGGAUUCAGAAGGUGAUUUCCACCAGCGUUGGAAUAGGGACAAGGAGAGGGAUCGCGAGAAAGUGUACAAUGGGAGAGGGGAUGCAGUUGGAAAUCACGAGGGCAGAGAGUACGGAUGGACGCACGGGGUUGGACUGAGGUUAGGCAGCCCGCGGGUGAGGAGAGGAGGGGCGACAGACUCUUUUCUUGGUCGCAACGACAGGACGGGUUCCUUGCCCUUUCAUGAUCUGCGUUCGGGAAGUGCUGGCGACGCUGGCCCAGGCGUCAGGAAACCAGGGCCGGGCCUUUCUUCGAUUUCUUAUGGUGGCCUUGACAUGGCGGAUAUGGGUGUCGGACCUUCGUCUCUGUAUGACAGCCGGGAUUCGGAUCGCCGGCGCUUUAGGGAUAGAGGGAGGGAGAGGCUGCUAAUGAUCGACAAUCGAGGGGGAGGAGGGACGCGACGAACGCGGGAAGGAUAUUAUCCAUCCAUGGCGCUUCCUCAGCCGAAGAUCUCUGGGCCUUACGGUUAUGGUUACCACUCAAACUCUGCCGCUAGGUCUGUGGCUCCAUUGAGCGCUGGCCAGGGUCUUGGUGGGGAACUGAAUCUCUCGUUGUCGUCAUCAUUUAGAGGGAAUACACUGGGUCAUGGAGGACCAGGAUGGGCGGAGAAAGAGCUUGCGUCCCAAGCACGGGAGCAGGAGCGCAUUGUGGAUGAGGGAAGAUGGCGGGCAUCAGGGGACGUCACGAGCAGACUGUUGCCGGCAGAGCUUGAGGGCGACUCGACGUUGGCGGGCUUGACACGCGCUGUGAGUAAGAAUGCGGAAGGUACACGGAAACCGGAAAUGGAGGACAAAGAGGUUGACAUUACUGCUGUGGGUGGGAUUGGCCGCUACCGGCAAGAGGAUUCGUCUGCGGCCUUCAGGUUGUCCGACGACGACAACAAACACAACGGAUUGAUUGUUUCGCCGACAAGGAAGCUGGUUGGGCAGGAGGAGGCUGAGGUGAGGAAGCCGAGCGUGAGAUCGAUGACUUGUCCCCACGGGCGAAAUCUCAGAGGUGUUUCUCGCCUCGAUGACAACGAGGAGACGGAUUUGGGUGACGAGCAAGAAGAAUAUGAUUGUAAGGUGGAGGAGGAACGACAGUCGCAGGCGCUGUCUUGCCAGCAGAAGGAAGAGGAGAAGAGGGAUGGACUGCGAGGCAAUGAGUGCAGAAGCCACGGCGAGGAUGAAAAGUUCUCCGAGAUGAACCACUUGGUGGCAGGAGGCGUGUGUCGAUACGGGGAUGAAGAUGGUGAUGACGACUGUGGUGUUGAUGUGGAUGCUGGCGAUGUUGGCGAGACGGUCUCGUUCACUGUGGGCGACAGAGAACUCUGCUCGGAUUUGGUGCGGCGGCAUGUUGAAGGGCAAGGGCAGCUGCAUGUUUCCGGCUCGGAAGGCAGAUAUAGUACAGAAACAGAAGACGAGCAAGGUCUGCAGACGGACGAUUGCAAAGGACGUGAAGACAUUUUGCAAAAGGUUGAUGAGGUACAGGAAGACAAAACCGCAUGUCGUAAAGAAGUUGAGGACGAAGAAAGGACCGCAGAGAAAGAUCGCACGGAACAUGCGGAGGCACUUGAUUUCAUUCCAUCACGGUCGUCCUCUUUGUGUCUACAGCAGAUAAAUCAAAGCAGCCUGAUUUUGACUUUGAAGAGUCGCCCAGGCACGCCGGUGAUGUCCCUCGCAUUAGAUCAGCAAGGGAGCGGAAUGCUGGGAACGAGUCCAGAGGAAGAAAUGGGCCAUCAGGAAACCUUUGCACCUGAGCAGCAUGAGCGCCAUCAAAAAAUGCACCUAGAGCAGCAUCAGCUGCUAGUCAUAGGGCAAGGAUUAUCUUUGCAAGGCGUGGUGUCAACGAUACCGGCCGACCAGGAGCAGCAGCAGCAGGCGCAGGUGGGUUUCCACAGUGGGAAAGAGCAGUGUCGACAACAGCUGCAGGAGGGUUCAUUUGUACCAGCGAUCGCACCCAUGAUGCAGGGACAGUUGCUUCAGACAGCGGCACCUCUUGCAAUAGUGGUGUCCUCGCAGCAGGCUCCACAGACACAUGUGCAGCAACAGCAUUAUCCUCCUCCACUUCCGCAGUGCCUUUCGUCAUCACCAGUUUCACAGCAGCAACUCCAACAACAGCUUUUCCAGCAACCGCAAUCAUCCGAGCAAAGUACUCUUGUUGCGGCAGAAAGCCCUGCAUUACGGGGGACGGCUGCUGGACAGGGGGAACAUAGCACGGUAGCUGCUGCAGUUUCCUGUCAGCAGCAGCACCAACAGCAGCGAUUGCAGGAUCUGGUCUUAGAGCACGAGUUCGAGAAUAUUCAACAGCACCACCAGCUGCAACAACAGUUUGUAUCACUUCCACAGUCGACGUCGACCUUCCCAUGUAUGUCUCGGCCACAAGAGCAGCCACAGACGCAGGCACAUGAGGGGUUGGGGGGAGUGGGUGCAGCUGGAGGAAACCUGUUUACUGCAGCAGCAGUUGCCCCAGGUGGGGAAGCAGCCGCAGCUGGAGGCCUGCUUCCUGCAUCAGCGAUCACCCGGCCGCUGGCUCUGGGUUUCCAGACGUCGUUGCCCUCUUCCAUUCAUGUGGGCUCAAUCCCCUUGCAGCUGACACCACCCCAUGCCCCACAUCUGAUGUCCUCGCUUGGAAGUUUACCACAUUCUAUGCUUUUCCCUUCGCUUGCCUCACAUCAUCAACAGACAUCUCUUCCGCUGAUAGCUCCGUCUCUCCCUCUGGCGGGUCAGGUCUUGCUCCAGUCUGCACACCAGGAACAGCAGGGCCAGUCGCAGCAUCUGAUCCAGCAGACGACUGAUUCAUCAAUGAGGAUUCCUGUUGGUACUCGGCAUCACGAUUGUCAGCAGCAGCAAGAUGCAGCGUCAGCUCAGGUUCUUCAGCAGCAGCAACAGCAGCAAUUGGCCAUGAUAUCACUGCAAAGGGAAGUGCGGGAGGCAGGCAUGCUUGGACAAGAGCAGUCCAUAGUUGUGGUGCAGGCUCACCAGCAAGGACAGCAGCAUGAACGGACUCAGUGGCAGCAGUCGCAGCAACCACAACAACGAGUGGAAAGGCAGCAAAGCCUUUGCAUGACGGUAUUACAACAGCAACAUCAGCAGAUUCCGCAGCAAAUGCUGGCGCCUCAACAUCUGCAGCAGGGAUCUCUUCAACCCCCCCCCCCCCCCCCGCUGCAGCAGCAGCUGCAGCAGCAGCAGCUGCUGCAUCAACAGCUGCAGCAUCAGAUGCAGCAGCUGCAUCAGCUCCAACAGUUGCACCAGCAUCAGCAGCUGCAACUCCAGCAUUUGCAGCGGUUUCAUCAGGCCCAUGCUUUUCAGGCUCCAACCGCUCUCUGGGGUAAUUUUCCGUUGCUUCCUACAGCAACGUGCCUUGUACCGGACCCAAAGAUAGCUACAGUUCAACCCGAUUCUCAGGUGGAUGCUUUGUUGACGGAUGUUGCUAUUAAUAAUAGGCAGCUUGUGCAACACCGGGACGAACACCAGGAGGAGCAGCAGCAGGAGCAGGGGCAGGAGAGGCUUGGUGGAGAUGGAGAGAGACGGCGGCAGCAGCAACGGCAGUGGGAAGAAGAAGCAGACGAGAUGAAGGUGGUUACUCCUGCUGUUUUGAUUGCCCCGGCCAUUGCAAGUGGAGAGGUAGCAAGCAAGGGGACUGCCACUACCACAACGUAUGCCACGUCCGUGGUUGCUGUUGCUAGGAUUGGGGCUGCACCUGUAGAGAUUCAAGCAUGCAGUGAGAAGCGAAGAGUGGCCAAUGGGUCCUCAGGCAAGCAGCCAACUUCCCUGUGUUCCAGACUUUCGCAGGAGAAUGGUCGCAACCUCAUGGGCUCGGGAAUAUCACCAAUUUGCAAAGUUGCGGCUAUGACAGCUUCAGCAACGGUGACACCUUCAGCACUGGUGACACCUUCAGCAAUGGUUACUUUAAAACAGAACGAGGGAGAGAAGAUGAGCGCUCCAGAGAGCGUGGACAACAUCUCUGUAGAUUUGGCGGGAGGAGGUCAACGUGACAUGUCGCUGGAAAAGCAGCAGCAAAGACUGUUCUUUGCACCAGGAGUAGGCGGCAGAGGCUGGGGUGUAGACGGAGCAGGAGGGUGCCACAGCAGAGGGAUGAUUGGGGGAUGCAUGAGAGGCGGUGGUGCACUUGGGCGAGGCAAAGGAAGAGGAGGAACGGGAGGGAGCUAUGGCCCUGCCUUAAGAUCCGCUGAGAAAGCUGACAGCAAUGUCCCUGGGAAUUGCCUAAGAGGACAGCAAGAAAAUUACAGUGAGAUAGGGGGCAGAGCUGGAUUACACCGGGAUGGAGGCCAAGUACGAGGAAACAUGAGCAUUGGGUCAGGAAUCACCUCGGCUGUGAGCACCAGCGGUGUCGUAUUACGCACAAGGCCCAGUCAGCGAGGCAUGAAGAGAUCUGGUGAGCUGAGGAACAGAGAGAAGCGCUGGGUUGCCCCUGAGCGGAGAAGAGUACCUGCUCAUGAUAAUGGAGAUGGUGGUGGCGGUGGUGGUGGCACCUCUGGCAGGUGGACAUGUGGCAGGAUGGGGGAUUCCAUGAGAGGAGGUGCAUCACAAGCAGGAGGGCUGCUCAGUUGCAGGGUUGUAAUGGAGCAUCAGAGAGAAGAAAUUGAAAGGAUGAUGAGCGGGGAUGGUAAAGAGCAGGACAUUGUACAUGAUAGCAGGAAAGGCGAGCAUAAAAAAACACAGCCAUUCCGUCAAGGUGACAGUAGUGUCGUUACUGCUGCUGCUGCCGAGGCAGAUGGAAGUGGUAGUGAGGUUAAGAGGACGAUGGGGAUCAGGGCAAAGAACUUUGGAAGUGGCAGUGCAACAGAUAUGGAUUCUCAAAAAUUAUUGUCGAAGCAGAUGAUCGAUACGGUGCCAGCUGCAGCCGUGAGAAAAGACAUAACUAGCAAACAUGGCGAGAAAGGAGGGCUUGUGGAAGUGCUUGCAGCAUGUUCUGCAGAGGUUGGCAGUGCAGGAAUGUACUUUGUGCCAGAGGCGACUGAGGCCCCUCUUCACACUGGGGUCGUGCGGGUCUUUGAGCAGCCAGGAAUAGAGACAGUGGCUGACAACGAUGAUUUCAUCAAGGUCAGGUCGAAGAGGCAGAUUUAUAAUGACAAGAAGGAACAGCGUGUGAAGGAUAACAGGUGCAGGAACAAAGACACGAAGUCCAAAGAGCAGGAAAAGGGAGGAGGAGGUGCUGGACAUGGUCGAGCCACGGUUGUGCAGAAAGUUACAGUAGCAGGCGGACAGUUUAUUGGUAGUGGAAGCGAAGGUAAAAUAGUCACCGAAUCACUCAGUGGUAUUCCUGCAGAAAAUGGGCUUCUGCAUAGCAGCAGCAGCAGCUUGGGCUCAGGAGGGGACACGGGAGUCUGUCCGUUGAGUAUUGACAGUGGUGAUGCUGCUAACUUUCUGGACAAUUCUAUCGUUCAUCCAUCACCUCCUGUUGUACAACAGUGGCAACAGCAGCAGCAGCGGUGGGACCAAGAGCAGCAGCUGGAGCUGGGUGCAAAAAUGAGUGCUAAUCACCGCCAUUCUGCAACACCAUUAUCAACCCUGACACCUACUCUGCAUGCUAUGCCCAAGAGUAAUCCUGUGACCAAUGAGAGUCAGGGGAAGUCAAUGCGUCUGUCCCUUUGCUACACAAGUGCCCCUGCGUUCGUCAAGCACGUGGUCAAAGCCGAUCUGGUUCACCAAGUCUUCAUAGCGUAUGUUAGGCCGGUUAGUGAGAGCAAGAGGGAGGAAGAGCCAACACCACCCGCAGUUGAGAAACUGCUGAAAGAGUUUGCUGAUUUGGGAGAGACCAAAGACCUCGACCAAAGAGAAAUCAAGCACCGGAUAGAGAUAGAGGCCGAUAGCAAGACUCCCAAGGGCCCUAUUUAUCAAAUGUCUCCCAAAGAACUUGAUGAGCUGCACAAGCAGCUUGAUGAACUAAUAGAGAAGGGGUGGAUUAAGCCUAGCUCCUCGUCGUACGAUGCACUGGUUCUAUUCUUGCUUAAGAAGGAAGGCGAACUGCGAAUGUGCAAUGAUUAUAGGGAUUUGAAUGCAACUACUGUAAAGAACGCCGAACCGUUGCCUAGGAUAGAUGAUCUGCUUGAUAGGGUGCAGAUCACGGUUGCGUAUGCCGACGACCCAGUUUACAACGAAAUGAUUAAGAGGGUUCAAACAACAUCUCACUAAGUCCUAGACUAUAGAGUGGAUGACAAAUUGCUUUUUGAAAAGACGAACAUGUUUGACAGCCUCUGCGUUUCGAAUUGUGAGACUGUCAAAAGCUUAAUCUCGAGGGAAUGCCACGACACCGAGGGCCAUUUCGGUUGGAGAAAGACUUACGCUAAUCUGCUAUGGUCCUUUACCUGGAUCAGCAUGAAGCACAAUUGUAUUGCUUAUAUCCAGGGUUGUCACGUGUGUCAGCGGAACAAAAGUUCCACACAAGC